GGGCCCCCGGCAGUGCAUGGGCGUGCCGUGGGCCGCAGCCGGCCCGUGGGCGGCCUCCAUCGCGACUGCGUGGCUCUCGCGCUGCCCCGCCUGCCCAGAAGCCCGCGUGACGUGCGGGGCCUGCCCCGCGUGCCCUGCGGCGGCGGCCGCCGCCCCCUGCCCGGGCUGCCCGAGCUGCCCGGACUGCAGUCUGACCUGCGGGUCCGGGCCAGGUUGGUGGGCGGUCCUUGCCGCCUUGGUCGCCGGGCUCGCGGCUGGUGGCGGCCUCCGCGUGACGCUGGGCUGGGCUGCCCGAGUCGCCUCGCUCUUCGUCGGCGCGACCGACCCGCCGCCUGUGACCCUGCUCGUCGAGAUGGCGGCGAUGCGGACGCUCGACGUGCCCGAGGCGCAGGUGUGCGUGAACUACGACGACGACGACAACUUUCGGUGGCACCACAGGGUGCUCCUCGAGCAGCUCAGCCCUGGCGUCUGGGUGGCGGCGACGCCCGACGGCGAGGUGCUGACGCUGGACCUCAGCAAGCACCUGGUCGUCCCGUUGCGUCGGGGGUCCGCGUUCCCGGUGCGGGUUCGUGGGCAGGUCUAUGCGUUCGGCGACCAGUCGGACGAGGACAUCGAGGCGCUGCGGGUGGAGGCGCGAGGCCUCGCCCUGGUCAUGGGCGUCUCGGCCCCAGCUGGGAUUGCUGGGGGCAUCGUGCCGCGCUGGAUCGUCUCGGACCCAGGCUCGCCCGAGUUUGGGCGCGAGCUGGACCUCCAGCUCAUCGGCAACCCGGAGCGGCUGAUCAGCCGCGACGCGGUGGGCAUCGCGAUGCUCAGCGAGGAGGAGGGCUGGGUCUCGGUCGAGAACGUGCAGCAGGCCGACGAGGAGGACUGGCGCGCCGAGAAGCGCCGAGGCCCAGGACGCGACCCGCGGAUCCUCCCGCUGGCGCGCCGGGGUCGGGGGGUCCAGGUGACGCUCGGGGAGGCGCUCGCGAAGAUGAACGCGGUCGACUUCGACGACUGGCCCUUUCGGGGGCCGAGGGCCCUGCCCGAGCUGCUGGCCGCCAUCCUGGCCACCGGGCUGACCCUCACGUCCUACUGGGGGUACUGGGUCUCGGAGUCGGGGGUGUCCCGGAACGCCGCGGUGGCCCAGGAGGUGCGGCACGCGCUGAAUCAGCUGCACCACGCCGUGACGUACGACCUCGUGGACCCGUCGAACUUGGCGUCUCUGGAGCUCCUGGGGCGCCGAGUGCUGCAGAUCCAGCGUGCUGUGAAGAGGUGCCCGCGCCACCCGAGUUUCGAGGGCCUCGGCUUGAUGUUGAGCAGCUCUCUGGACGAGAGCGGAGGCAUCGUGACGUCGCGGUUCGACGCGUUCGUGGCCGAGGAGCAGAAGUCGCAGGGCAUCAUUCUGAAGCAGGGGCGGAUGUACCGGGAGGAGCAGGAGUCGGAGGCGAAGAAGUACGAGAGGCAGGGCGACGACAGGGAGAGGGGCUCCAGGGCGGAUCCGAAGGGCAAGGCGAAGCCGAAGCCCAAGGCCGCCGCGAAGGAGUCGGUCAUCAAGCGAGUCCGACGUCGUAUCCGCGGGUUCGGCGACCGGCCGAAGGACAUGGACUGUGCUGGAGCCCUUCAGGAGCUCCUCAAGUGCAAGGAUCUUUACUCGAACAUGGGCGAGGCUUCUACUCGCCGCGACUAUGAUGCUGACAAGCUCAACGUGUUACGACGUGCGCCACAGGACCAGCCUCGUCAGCUUCGAGACGUUGCCCCUCGGCACGUCACCGAAGCGCUGGACCACUUCGACUCGGACGUCGUUCGCCCCGCGCCGAACAUCCCCGAGGACGAGGCGUGCGUCAGUACCUUCUUCGUCGCCAAGAAGAACGGCGACAUCCGCAUGGUCGUGGACGCUCGCCAGCCCAACCAGCUGCACAAGCUUCCCCCUCGGACUGUGCUCGCAUCGGGCGAGGCGCUGGGCUCGAUCCACUUGCUCGACGCCGUCGGCGCGAGCCCUGAGGACUUGGCGGAUUUCGACGGCUGCUAUGAGUCGCUCUGCGCAGGCUCCGUGGACCUCAUGGACGGGUUCUACCAGUUCGCCGACCCUUCGUGGGGCAGCUGGAUGUGCUUCGACGUGGAGGUCACCGCUGACGAGCUCGGGAUCGACUCGAUCUACGACGAGAAGCUCGGGCGCCGCGUGGCCGUAUCAGGCGGGCUCCCGAGCGACGGCUGGUGCCUUGACAAAGCCCGGGCGCCGACUCUCGUCGGACAGGCUGUCGUCAGGGCGCCGUACGUCGACAAUGGGAAUCUUGUGUCGCUCAGCGCGCCGGCGCUCAACGACCGGCUGGACAAGCUCACCGCUGAACUGGACCGUCGUGGGCUUCGCUGGCACGAGCUCGAGCGCGCGCAGCCCGGCCUUGUCAUCUUGGGGCUGGUGCUCGACGGGCGCGAGGGCCGACUUCGGCACACCGCCAAGCGCGCCUGGAGGCUCUACCUGGCUCUGCACCACGUGCUUCGGAUACCAUGGCUCGCCCGCUGGCAGCUGCGACGGAUCGUCGGCCAUCUGGUGCACCACUUCUCCGUCGUGCGCCCCGGGCUCAGCGUGCUGGGGGCCUGCUACACGUUCAUCGGAGACGGCGACCUGUCCACUGUCGUGCGCUUGCCUGGAGAUGUUCUCGGUGAGCUCGCAGUCGCUGCGGGGCUCGUCUUCCUCGGCGAAGUGGACUUGUGCCGCGUGCCGUCCGACGUCGCCUUCACGACCGACAGCUCGCUGCGAGGCUACGCCGUCUGCGAAGCCCGGCUGGAGCCCUGGGAGGUGCUGGCGGCCACCAGAUGGCGGGAGCGCCAGCGGUUCGUUGCCACCGAGCCCGAGGUUGCGCCUGACGACGAGCAGUACGAAGGACGGGCCGCCGGCUUCUGUGACAUCUCCGAGCCACUGCCCGUCGAGCUGCCGCCCCGGCUGCGGCACGCCGUGGCCGAGAGGCGCCGGGUCGAGUUGGAGAUCGGCGUCCCGCCCGAGCCGUUGGCGGACGCUCUGCUGGAUGCUGGCCGCUGGGUGGAGCGCCGCCGUGGCGCGUGGCGCCGGCCAGGGCGUAUCCACGCCCUCGAGGCGCGCGCCGCCGUCGCACCGCUAUGGAGAGCGGCAGCCGAUGUCAACUUCCACGGGAAGGAGAUCCUCAGCCUGUGCGACAACAUGUCGUCGGUCCUCGCCUUCGAGAAGGGCAGGGCCACCAAUUUUGAGCUCCUGGCACAGUGUCGCCGGGCUGCGGCCGUCUGCUUCGGGUGCGAGAUCCGCUGGCGCCCGAGGCACGUGCCUGGCAUCUACAACGUCGCGGACCACGGGAGCCGGGCGGCUGACCGGGGUGAGCUCCUCCCCGGACGCUACCGCGGGCGUGGCGCCCUGUCGGCGCCCACCAGCGGCAGCCGCCGAAUGCCCGUGGUCCCGCCAGCCGCGGGCAAGGCCGAGGCCUCGCCGACCACGGCUGUCGAGUUUGAGAUCGGCAUCAAGAUGAAGUCUCGAAAGUACUCCCCAACGAGCGACCCCGACGAGAUCGACAUGAGCAUGCUCGAAACCUACCUGUUGCACUCGAGCCUCCUGGAGUUCCUCUACGGGGCCCACGUGUACACCUUGGGGCACGCGAAGAUCCUCAACAGGACCCUCCUGAGCGCCCUCGGCCUCUUGCGGUUCUACGACGGGGCCCACCUGUACGUCUUGGGCCACACGAAGAGCCUCAACGGGCACUGGUGGGUGCCAGUCGGGGGCACGCGCGAUCCAGCGCCGGCGGACCGCACGCUUGUGGCGUUCACAGUCCGUGUCGUGCGACUCUGCCGGUCCCUGGGGAUCUUCGUCACUUUCGAGAACCCGCCUGCGAGCCGUGUCUGGAGGUGGCCCGCGUUGGAGCGAGAGCUGCAGCGCCUUGCCUGGCCGAAGGUGCUGUUCGACUCGUGCAGGUUCGGCGCGCCCUUCAAGAAGCCAGGUGCGAUCGCCGGGAGCCUUCCCGGGCUGGGCCAUCUUGCACUGCGCUGCUGUUGCGCUUGCCGCCAUAGGGUUGAGCUGCAAGGCAAGGUCCGGCAUCCGACGCGGGGCUGGACGUGGCGGACGACUCUGGCCGGGGCUUACCUACCCAGCUGGUGCCGCCUGCUGGUCUCGUUGGCCGGCCCAGACGCCCCUCAGGGUGCUUUCGGGCGCUCAACCCAGGAUGACCUCCAGGCUCGGGCUCACGCGCUGGCAAGCGCGGCCGGGGUCGCCGAGCUCCGCGGAGUCACGGCAGACGUCGAUGCAGGCGCCGACUCAGCCGUGCUGACGCCCAGGCGGGCAGGCCGGAGCCAACGUGACCCUGUCCCUCGUCCAGUGGCCGUGGCCGCCCGGCGCCGCCGGGCGCAGGCUGCCGCGCGUGGAGACGUCGCUGCUGGUCAGCGGCAGGCCGCCCCCGGAGAGUACCUCCGCCUGGCCUCGCUGCGGCCAGCCACGGUCGACAGCUACACGUCCGCCGUGAUCGAGCUGACCGACUACGCCAACCGCCGGGGCCUGCUGCUGACCACGCCGGAGCAGGCCGACGAGACGCUCAACUUGUACUUCGAAGACUUGUUCUUUGCAGGUGAGCCCCAGUACCUGGCUCGUAACGCGUUGUAUGGGCUCUGCAAAGUUCGAGGAUGGUCUGCUAGCCGACCUCGCUUCCAUAAGGCCAAAGAUGCUCUAACUGGUUGGUCGGCAAAACUGCCGACUACGCCGCGAGAGCCGCCGCCGUUCGAAGCCGUCCAGCUGACCUGUGCCGUGCUCGACAACGGGACCACGUCCGACCUACUGGCGUGCCUGGCCUCCGUGACUGGGUUUGACAUGUACUUCCGGCCAGGCGAGUUGCUCGCCAUCAAACCAGAGCACGUCUUGGGCUCUCGUACGUCGGGCAGGGCUUCUGACAUCACCGUCGUCGUGGCACCGCUAG